AUGGCAACGGGCGCUCUACGGCGGCCGCGCGGGGCCAGGCUCGGCCGCGUUUGCCGCGCCUCGCGGGAGCCGGAGAGAGAGCCUCGCAGAGACAGGGCUCACCGCGUAGACGCAGGCUGUCCGCGGACACCUCGUUCUCUUCCCCGUCGCCUCUCCACCCUCCACAGACUGCUUCCCUUUCCGCCAAGUCAACAUCACGGGCUCGCUGUCUUCCUAGUGGAUCUGCCUCCCGGGGUGCCUCUCGCCUUCUCUGGUCUGCGGGGUUACCGCCCUCCGGAGCCGGGGGUCCGCGAUGAUGUGACUUCUUGGUCAGAAGAAAAAACAGCAGAGAAAAGACUUCUUGCCAACGAUCUUGGGGACAAAAAGUUAAGGAAGAACAAGCACUGCUUCUGUGAACGAGUUUCAUGGUUUGUUCCCGUGGAAAAUGUGAAGUCUGGUCCUAAGGAAAACCUGCGCCAGCAUCAUGAUCCUAGUAUCUGCUGGUUUGCACCAAUAACCAACACCAAACAGUGGAGGGAACCACUGUGGGAACAGAACUGGCAGGGAUGGCACAUGCACAGCCGUGGGGCACUAGCAGGCCCAGGCAGAGAGCCACCAAUUCUGUUUGUGAGAGCCACUCUACAGGAAUCCCUUCAGUUUCACAGACCUGACUUCAUCUCCCACUCUGGGGAGCGGAUAAAGCGUCUGAAGCUGAGAGUCCAGGAGAGGAAGCUGCAGAAGAUGUUGCAGAGAAAGCGGGAGGCCCUGGUCAACGCUGCGAGAGAACGGCAGGGCCGGGACCCUGCGCACCCGCUUCUGAAAAGAGGCUUCCUGGAUGUCUGAAAGAACAAGCCUAUUGGGAAGAAAGAAAUGAUUCAGAGGUCUAAACGGAUUUAUGAGCCGCUUCCAGAAGUUCAGAGAAAGAGAGACGAGGAGAAGAGGAGAUUGGAAUACAAGUCGGACAGGCUGCGGGCUCAGCUUUUCAAGAAGAAAGUGAACAAUCAACUCUUGGGGAGAAAAGUUCCCCGGAACCGAUAUGAGAUAUCGAGUCCUUAG